ACGUCUCUCAUGCUAAAUUUCUUUGAUCGAAAAUAUGUUAAUAUAUUGUAAUAACAGGCAGAGUGUAAAAAUUCAUAUGAGCCAUUUCUCUUUUACUAUAAAUGUUAAAAAAUUAAGUAACAGCAGAUCAUUUAUCAGCGGGUUUGCUUCUUAUUUGCAUAGCAAAUGAGUCGACAACAACAAAAACAAAGCAGGAAUGAAACCUUUCAAGUACAGUAGUAUACUAAUAUGAGCAGAAUACCAUAUAAUGCAGUAGACUAAGUAGACACAAUACACAGAUUUAUAAACACACACACAGUUAUCCUUUAGUGUAAUUCAUGCAAGUUAAUCCAAUGAUCUUUUUUUGUUGCACAAAAAAAAUAUAUAUAUAGGAUCACCCAUAUAGUCCAUGGAGAGCAACGUGUUGUUCUGGAGUUUUCUUGCAAAACUUGGCAAACAUCCCUUAAGCAAGCAAUUAUGACAAAGAACAUUAAAAAAAGAUAAAUACAUUACUUUUGAAACGCUGUAAAUUAUCGUAUUACCUUUAAAAUAAUUGUUGUUUUUGAAUUAAAACUGUUUGAUUUCUACAUUUUUGUUGGCCCACCCGAAAUGUCCCAGAGCCCACCCUAAAGUUCCAAGCUGGAGCCGAGCCUGAUGUCUCAUAAAAAAACAUGUAUGAACAAUGAAGCUGAAUAAAUAAACUUACCAUUGGGGUGUGGUUUGUUAAUAGGAUAUUAGUUUCAGUUCUAAUCAGACAAACUUUUAUAACACUUUGAAUCUAUGAUUUUACUACAAAGUUUGACGAUGGUUACUUCAAUACAAUCCUAAGGUUGGUUUUCGCAAGGGGGUUAACUUUAGAGACGAUCCCUAACUUGCAGCAGCAGUUUUAACAUGGACAAAACCGAAAGUUCACUGUCAGAGCAAAUUACCGACGCUCUGCUUUCAUAAAGCUUAGACGAAGUUCAGUCAGCUUGUGUUGAUUAUUCAACUUCAGUAUGUGAAUGCCGUGAAAAUGUCAGCUGAAGAUGUGUUUGUUUGUGUCGGGCCGAAGAGUUCAGCAUCCAGCUGUGUGUCUGUGAAGAGUGAUGGAUCCAUGCGGCAUCCACCUGACCUCAGUGAAGAGACCUGCAACAUCAGACAAGAAGAAAGUCGGACAGCAUCAUGUCCAGAGCCCAGCUGCGUGUCUAUGAAGAGUGACGGAUCUAUGCGGCAUCCACCUGACCUCAGCGCUGAACCUGCGACCUCUGAGCCUCUAAAUAAAAGCCUUGUGAGGACACGGCAGAGAUCAGAGCCCAGCUGUGUGUCUGUGAAGAGUGACGGAUCUAUGCGGCAUCCUCCUGACCUCAGUGCUGAAGCUGUGACCUCUGACCAUCUUGUGGAUAGGGAUGAUCAGACUAACACCCUGAAGCGGGUUUCUCGGCAACAAGUCGAUCAACUACAGCAGGUCAAAGAUGAGCAUAAAGCCAGCAUGAAGGACAAGUACGAGAGCUUAUAUGAGCCAGUCAAACUUCAAGACAACCAAACCCUCUUAAACAGCAUCUACACACAGCUCUACAUCAUAGAAGGAGAGAGUGAAUGGGUGAAGGAUGAAGACUUCGAGAAAAGUCCUACAGCUCAGCAGUCACAAGACACUCUCAUCUACUGCAAUGACAUCUUUAAAACCUCCAGUCAGGUAAAAGAUGAAAUAAGGGUCGUUCUCACUAAAGGCAUCGCUGGGAUUGGAAAAACCGUCUCCGUGCAGAAGUUCAUUCUGGACUGGAGUGAAGGAAGAGCCAAUCAGGAUGUAGAUUUCCUGUUUGUGCUUCCAUUUCGAGAGCUGAACAUGAUUAAAGAUCAUCAGUACAGUCUUCACAGCCUGUUACGCGACUUUCAUCCUAAACUUCAGAAUCUGGACUCCAGGAUCUAUGAGCAGUGUCGAGUUGUGUUCAUCUUCGAUGGUCUGGAUGAAAGCAGAAUCACGCUGAACUUUUCAGACUGCGAGAAAGUGUGUGAUGUGAACGAGUCUUCAUCGGUUGGUGUGUUGACGUCGAACCUCAUCAGAGGAGAUCUGCUUCCCUCGGCUCUCAUCUGGAUCACCUCCAGAGCAGCAGCAGCCAGUCAGAUCCCCUCCAAAUACAUCAACCGUGUGACAGAGAUCCAGGGCUUUGAUGAACCUCAGAAGAGGGAAUAUUUCACCAGGAGAAUCGGCAACGAGGAGCAAGCCAACACGAUCAUAUCACACGUUCGAAAAGCAAGAAGCCUUCACAUCAUGUGCCACAUACCCGUCUUCUGCUGCAUCUCCGCCACCGUUCUUGAAAACAUAAUCACACGAGGUUCAGAAAUCCCUCAAAGUCUGACCGAAAUGUACAUCCACUUCCUGCUCAUUCAGAUCCACGUGAACAAUCAGAAAUAUGAAGAGAGAGAUCCUGAGAAAGUCCUGGAAUCUAACAGAGGACUGAUCGUUAAACUCGCUGAGCUGGCUUUCAGACAGCUGAUGAAGGGUAAUGUGAUGUUCUACGAGGAGGACCUGACUGAGAGCGGCAUGGAUAUAGAUGCUGCGGUGUACUCGGGGAUCUGCACUGCCUUCAAGCAGGAGCUUGUGAUUCAGCAGAGGAAAGUCUACAGCUUCAUCCACCUGAGCUUUCAGGAGUUUCUUGCUGCUUUUUAUGCAUUUUACUGCCAUUUGACGAAGAACAGGAAGCCUCUGCAAGAGUUCCUCCGUGAGGAAUAUUCACAGCAGGAUCGUAAGUCUCCGAGGAGCUCUUUGUAUGAGCUGCUAACUUCAGCUGCUGAUAAAACUCUCAAGAGUAAAAACGGACGGCUGGACCUCUUUCUGCGUUUCCUGCUUGGCAUCUCGCUGGAGUCCAAUCAAAGACUCCUCAAGGAUCUACUGACACACACCGAGAGCAGCACGGACACCAUCGGGGAGACGGCGCAGUACAUUAAACAGAGAGUCAACUGCUAUAAUCUCUCAGCCGACAGGUCCAUCAAUCUGUUCCUCUGUCUGCUGGAGGUCAACGAUCAGACUCUGUCCAGAGAGAUUCAGGAGUUUAUCCGGUCAGACAAACACUCGGAGGAGAAGCUGUCUCCAGUUCACUGCUCAGCAAUAGCCCACAUGAUCCAGAUGUCUGAGGAAGUGCUGGAGGAGUUUGAGCCUAUAAAAUACAACACAUCCUAUGAAGGGAGAUGGAGACUGAUCCCGGCAGUGCUGAACUGUAGAAAAGCUCUACUUGCUGGAUGUCGUCUGUCUGAUCAGGACUGUAAGAGCUUGUCUUCAGUUCUACAAUUCCCAAAUUCCCCUCUGAGAGAGCUGGACCUGAGUAACAAUGACCUGCAGGAAUCAAAGUUGGAGCUACUCUGCGCUGGACUGGAGGAUUCACACUGUCAGCUGAACACACUGAGACUUUCUGGAUGUUGUCUCUCUGAUAAGCACUGUGGAACACUGGCUUCAGCUCUACAAUCAUCAAACUCUUGCCUGAGAGAGCUGGAGCUGAGUAACAAUGACGUGCAGGAUUCAGGAGUGAAGCUGCUCUCCGCUGCACUGAAGAGUUCACACUGUCAGCUGAACACACUGAGAUUGGCUGGCUGCAGAUUGACCGGUCAGUGCUGUGAAAGUUUGUCUUCAGCUCUCCAAUCCUCCAACUCCAAACUGAGAGGGCUAGACUUGAGUAACAAUAAUCUGCAGGAUUCAGGAGUGAUGCUGCUCUCUGCGGGACUGAAGAGUUCACGCUGUCAGCUGGAGACACUGAGGCUGGCCAUCUGUGAUCUCACGGGCGUGUCCUGUGAAAGUUUGUCUUCAGCUCUACAGUCAACAGAAUGCCUGAGAGAGCUGGAUCUGAGUAACAAUGACCUGCAGGAUUCAGGACUGAAGCGGCUCUCUGCUGGACUGGAGAGUUUACACUGUCAACUGGAGACACUGAGAUUGUCUGGCUGUAUGGUGAGCGAGGAUGGCUGUCGUUAUGCGUCUGCCGCUCUGAGUUCAACCCACUCACGUUUGACAGAGCUGGAUCUGAGCUACAAUCACCCGGGUGCAUCAGGAGUCAGUCUGCUGUCUGAUCUACAGAAGAAUCCAAACUCUGCACUGGACAAAAUCCAUGUGGAUCAUGGAGGAGAGUUUAGGAUAACAGCAGGACUAUGGAAAUAUGCCUGUGAUCUCACCUUAGAUCCGAAAACAGCCAACAGUAAUCUAACUCUGUCUGAAGACAGCAGAAAGGUGACUUAUGUGGAGGAAAAGCAGUCCUACCCCGAUCACCCGGAGAGAUUUGACGGCUGGCCACAGGUGCUCUGUAGAGAAGGCCUGUCUGGACGCUGCUACUGGGAGGCCGAAUGGACCGGGUACGCUGUUAUAUCCGUGGCGUAUAAAGCAAUCUGGAGAAAAGGUUGGAAUGAGUUCUCCGAGUUUGGAUAUAACAGGAACAACAGAAAUUCCUGGAGUCUAAUCUGCGAUGAGGCUUUCACGGCCUGCCAUGAUCACAAGGAGACAGUCAUACGUGUGCCUUCAAGCUCCUGGAGGAGAGUGGGUGUUUAUGUGGACUGCUCAGCGGGUACUCUGUCCUUCUACAGCGUCUCGAACACACUCACGCACUUACACACGUUCACCUGCAAAUUCACAGAGCCGCUUUAUGCGGGAUUCGGGAUCUAUCGAUUAAACUCCUCUGUGUCUCUUUGUAAGUUUGAAGCAACACACAUACACGCUCGCGACUAAAUAAAUAGUGAAUGAA